UGCACCACACAACCAUGGUAAUCUGACGAGUAGCUCGGGGCACACAUGCUGAUUGUUGACAUUUAGCGCUAUCUAUUGGUCGUGAUUCGUGUACGAAUUGAGCCCCUUUUCAGAGUUUUCUGAUCUCCGAUGUAAAGCGAACGCAACAUUCCUAAACGCUCCAACAGCAAAUCUGUAAACUGAGUCGACGGCGCCAUCUUGUGGUCGGUAGUUUCUGCCGUAGUUUGAAGUUUGACAUGUUGAGGUUGAAAGACAGAUGUGUUGCCGUGGUAAUGUUUGAUAAGAGACGAUGUCCACGUUGUUCCUGGACUUUGUCCCAAAUAUAACCCCGGGAGACGCCGAACAAAAUUAGCCCACAGACGACAAAGCCGAAGACAGCAGCCCCAGCUAAAGUCCAAGUUACUCUGCUCAUAGAGAAACAGUAAUUAACUUAGUUCAAUAAGGUGACAAAACGACGCUGAAGUUGAAAUCCGACACAACAGGUAAAGAUUCAGGUUGCAUUAAACUUGGGGUAAAGUGUAAAUCGCUCAGCUCAGGAUGGACAGGGAACGGUGCUGUGUGAGGCUGUCGGUCCAGCCGUCCAGAGGACUCGUGGAUGAGAAGUUCGUUGUCCUGGUCGAGGGCGCCCUCCCUGGAGUCCAGCUGACCGUCCACGCUGCCCAUCAGAGUGAAGAUGGACACAGCUGGGAGGCGUUUGCCCACUACAAUGCCAACGCCACCGGAGCUGUGAACGUUGCAAAGGACCCCAGUCUGGGUGGGACAUAUUCUGGGGUUGAACCCAUGGGCCUGCUGUGGAGCCUCAGACCGGUUCCAGGCAGUAUACCUGGACUCAGGGUGAGGAAGACGGACGUCCAGACUCCCAUGGUGGUCACUAUCUCAGUGUACCAGGGUCAGCUGACUGAGGGUUUCGUGGAUGAGGUGCCGCUGGCCAGUGUGGUGGUGGAGCGCUGGUACAUGGCUCCAGGUGUCCGCAGGAUCCCGAUCACCGAGGGCGGACUCACUGCAACUCUUUUUCUGCCCCCAGGACCCGGACCUUUCCCCGGUCUGCUGGACCUGUGGGGGGGUAGUGGGGGUUUGCUGGAGUACCGUGCAGCGCUGCUGGCCUCUCAUGGCGUCGCCUCUCUGGCUCUCGACUACCUGACACCUAGAAUCACCGUGGAAACAGGCAAGAUGGUGGACAGCCAGUACAUUGAGACGGCCUAUAGAGUCCUGCAGCAGCAUCCUCAGAUCCUCAGCUGCAGGAUCGCCAUGCUGGGCCUUUGCUUUGGCGCUGGUGUUGUCUUCAAAAUGGCUGCUUACUCACAGGUUAUAAAGCCCAGAUGUGCAGUGUGUCUUAGUGGGACUCACGUGCAGCCGGUUAAUGGAUUUAUGGAAGAACUGAUUGAUGUCCUUCGUAAACAAGAGAAUAAGUGUCGCUUCAGUGAGGAGAAUGAGGUGAUCUGGCGAGAUCUGGUGCUGCCCAUCCCCACUGACCCCAAACUCAAAGUGGACGUUGGAAGAAUCCGGUGUCCUCUGCUGCUGGUUGUAGGUGAGGACGAUCAGAGCUGGCCUGCCCACGAGUCUGCAAUGGAUAUGAAGGAGAUGAUGGAGCGGGCGGGGAACAGCCACCUGCUGACCAUUCUGUCAUACCCGAACACUGGUCACCUGAUCGAACCUCCGUACACGCCGCACACCCGAGCCAGCAGGUUCAGAGGGGUCAAAGGAAGUCAGACACUUAUGGCUCUGUGGGGCGGAGAGAUGGUGGCACAUUCUCGUGCUCAGGAAGACGCCUGGAGGAAGAUACUGGUCUUUCUGAGGGAGAAUCUGUACGGCGGAUCAAACCCUGGUCCAGCCUCACUUUCAAACCUGUAAUCGAGGUGACCAAGGCUAAUAAAUACAGUCACUAGGUGAGAGGAGUUAUUUCCAGGUGCCGCUGGGGAACCUUUCAUUUAAUCAUCGGUACAAAAGAUAAAUGAAUCUUGGAAAUUAUAGUACAGUCAAAAUAAUAGUUAUUUACAGAGCACUUAUCAAAACCAGGGAGUACAGAGUGCUUCACAACAAAACUAUGAAAAACCAUGUCAUGAAAAGGUGAUCAGUUAAGUCCAUACAAAGUGCAGGAGCCAGAAAACUAUCUAAUCAGUAUUUGGUGUCACAACCUUUACUAUGUUUUGAACUGACUUCAUCCCUGAUUUGCCUCUGGCGUCUUCUGCCUUGCACCCUGCUCACAUCCACUUCAGGAGUCUGUUGUUGGUUUCUUUUGAGUCUGAAUGCACUGAUUCUGAAUUACAUCUGCCAUAUGAGUGUUGUAAUGUAGUUAUUGACCAGUGUAUGCUUUUAAUGACUUGAAUAACCCCAGAGUUCAAGGUGUUGAGUUUUCUCAGCUGUUCCUUUGAGACAGUGAAGCAACACGCUCAUACCUGUUUUAUUAAAGCAGCUCCUGCAACCAAAUGACAGCACACCAGUGCUUUGGGAUAUGAAAUACUAUUAAUAUUUGAUUAAUAAAUCCUCUGGCACUUCUUUAUGCUGCUGCUGUGCUUCUUGUCUCAGGUUCUUCUCGCAGCCUUCAGCAGGUGGUUGGCCGUGUCCAUAAUGCAGCGCUGCUCUGAAUGAAAGUGAAUCCCUGCUCGGUUGUAUUUUAUUCCCUCUGUGCUUCUUCUCUGCUUCCAGGAAGUGAAUCUCUGUGUCCUGUUGUGUUUGCCUUGAAGUGGUAAGUGAAAUGCUGUUGUUGAGGAGCUGUGUAGUGAACUGCAGCUGUGUCCCUGGAAAGAGAAGCACCUUACUGUGGGUUGGAUCUAAUGCCACCUGUCGCUGCUGCUGUUGCCCAGCUCAGACCUGCAGUUUCUCUUCCAACAAGACAUCCAUCCAUUAUCUAUACCGCUCAUUCCUGACUAGGAUCAUGGGAGGCUGGAACCAAGCCCAGCUUGAAACUGGGAGAGAGGCGGGGUCCACCCUAGACGGGUCAUCAGCCUGUCCCAGGGCUGACAUGUAAACAAACAACCACACACACUCCUAGGGGCAGUUUAGAGUCACCAGUCAACCUAAGCUGUAUGUCUUUGGACUGUGGGAGGUAGCUGGUGAACCCACAAUGGCACUCAUUUGUGGAGGCACUCCCCACUGCGUAAAAGGUUUGCACCACACUCCCUGUCACUGCAUGUGAGCAGCAGCAGCUGUAGUUGUGAGGAUACAAACAUUCAGAGGGUUCGUGUCUUCCUGAGGGAAAGCCCUCAUCAAAAGAUGCACAGUGGUGUUACAACAGGAUCCACACACAAAGAAAUGAACAAAUGAUCAAACACUCACAUGCUCUUGGAUAAACACUGUGGCCCUGGAGCAUAUAUUUGGAUUGAAGCCUGCCUACAGUCGACCUCAUGGUGGCGCUAGAGGAAAAUUCAGUGGCUCACCAACCCAGCAGGAGUCGGCCUCAGGAGCCCACGAAUGUGUCA